AUCACGCACAGCUUUGCCGGUUAUUUGGCAGGCACAAACCUACCUCCCGAGAAAGGAGAAAAUCGACGCGUGUGAGUUCGCCGGGAAAAAAUGAUGAUUGGAGAAACUCACCGACCUCAUCCGAGGGUUCAUGUUCAUCCAUGGCCGAUUCCUGAAGACCACGUUGCGGCGGAGAUGUAUUCCCCGGCGAUCGGAAACUCUGGCGGGAACGUGCUUGAAGCUUUGAGGGCACUACAGCGUUAUCUACCGUCGAACGAACUGAGUCCGGAAUCCGACACGGAUUUUCCGGGUCCCGAUUCUCCCGUUGACGUCUAUUCCUGUGACCAUUUUCGCAUGUACGAGUUCAAGGUUCGUCCCUGUGCGCAUGGUCGGAAUCAUGAUUGGACCGAGUGUCCGUACGCUCAUCCCGGCGAGAAAGCUCGCCGGAGAGACCCGAGGAAGUACCAUUACUCCGGGAUGGCAUGCCCGGACUUCCGGAAAGGAGGUUGUAGGAAAGGUGACUCCUGCGAGUUCGCACAUGGAGUCUUCGAGUGUUGGCUUCACCCGGAUCGUUACCGGACUCAGCCAUGCAAGGACAGCGGAAACUGCCGCCGGCGCGUGUGCUUCUUCGCUCACUCGCUGGACCAUCUUCGGAUUGUGCCGCAGCAGAGCCCGGAUCGAGUUGAUUCCUUUGAUGGGUCGUCGUCGCCGCCGAUCCGCCACUCCUGCUCGAGGGCGUUUCAGUUCUCGCUGUCGCCGGCAUCGAGCUCUCCGUCGGUGAGUCCUCGUGCCGACUCGGAAUCGACUCAGUUACUGAGCCGUUCUUCCGGGUCGAGCUCGGUGAACGACGUCGUUGCGUCUCUGAGGAACUUGCAGCUGAACAAGGUAAAGUCUCUUCCCUCGUCUUGGAACACGCAGGUGCGUUGUUACCCGUCCGGCCUCGGGUCACCACGUGAUCCGGUUGUGGGACUCGGGUUUUGGAGCCUACCCACGACCCCGACCCGGCCUGGGAUUGGGUAUAUGGAUAAAUGGAACAAGGGCAUGACCGAAGAACCCGCGAUGGAGAGGGUUGAAUCGGGUCGUGAACUGCGAGCGAAGAUGUUCGAGAGACUGAGCAAAGAGAACUGUAUGAUAUGAAGGAAAAGGCCUGGGUCGGGUCGACCCGGAUCCAGGUUAGAAUAAUUAAAAUAUACGAUGUUAUAUUAUGGAAGCACUAAAGGGUUAUACUGUGGAUAUGAUUUGGUCGCUUAGGAUUUUUUUUGUGCGUGUGUUUAUGGUGAUUUUCACCAUCACGUUAGUUGAUGAAAGGCACCCUCGUGUUCAUCAGUGCCAGUGGGAAUGUAAAUGUGUUGGUACAUUAUAUUUUAAUUAAUAUCCGGUAAGGAUGUGGUAUUUAUACGAUACGAAGUUUAAGCUC